AUGCAUACAUUUAGUUAUCGAGAUGAUUUUGACCUUUUUGAAUCUGCUGAAGAUCCAUGUGGCCUUUCAGUCAAAAAGACUGAUGAAUUUACUUUGAAAAUACCUCCUAUAUAUAUGCAAACACCAAUCCAAACCUUUUUAGACGAAGAUGCUUCUAUUUACUUUGAAUAUUUUUGUUUUAAGGUGUCAAAAAUUGUAACGGUUGGACCUGACCAAUGCAAUCAUUUAGUGAAAACGUACAUUCCAUUAGCAACUUCAUUUGAACCUAUCCGGUAUGCAUUAGCGUCAUGGGGUAGUGUUUUCUUAGAUUCCGAUUCAAAUUUCUAUAAGAAGUAUAUGAAAAUCGCUACUAAAAAGGUAUUAGGUCUUUACAAUUCCUCACGGAGAGUGGAAAAGGAAACAUUUUAUUUGUUAUUAUGUUUUUUCUUAAUUGUCAUGUCUAUAGAAAUUAAUGCAGGUGAUACAUUCUAUUGGAGACGAUUUUUUAUUCUCUCUCAGGAUUUGAUUGAAGAAUAUGGAGGGGUGGAAAAAGUGGCACUUGAUUUUCAAUUUUCUAAUGAAAUUAAAUGGAUCAUUUCGAACAUACAAUACCAUGAUGCUUUGUCCAGUGAUUCUACGAUCCAUAGAAACAAAUUUAUAUGUGAUUAUAAAAAGAUAAUGCUGCAUUCAAGAUUUUUUGGAGGCAGCAACUACGGCAUGGAUCCUUUUCAAGGUUGUAUACAACCUAUUUAUUCAAUUCUAGGAGAAAUUAAUAAUGAAGCAAUAAAGUUAGAAGAUCAGAAGAAGUAUAUUGAAACUUUAAAGUCGCAGCUGGUGGGAAUCAAAGAGAUAAUGAUAUUCAAGAAAGACUACUGCGAUACUUCAACUAAGGUGUCAGAGUCUCUUAUGUUAAAGCUUAAUAAAUGCCGACCAUUAGAAACACAUAUUGCAGUCUUAGCAGGAGAUGUCAAAGAUUUGAGAUUGCAUACAGAUUUUUUUGAGCUUCAGAGACUUAGCUGCAUUUUAUAUGUAUUGAUGAGGAUUAAGAAGAUAAAACCACGCGCACCAAUAUCUCAAGGUUAUUUGAUAAGAGCACUAGAAAAGAUGGAGUCAGUCUGUGAUAGUCGAUUGGCAACAUGUAUGGGAUUUCCUAUGUUGAUUUGUGGUAUGACUUGCUGCGAAGAAGAGGAAAGAAUUAUUAUGAGGAAAAAUAUGAGUACAAUUCUCAGGAACUGUCCUAAUGGCACCUUUAAAAUUAUUGUUUCCCUAGUUGAGGAAACAUGGAAGAUGGACCCUGAGGGUGAAACUUUCCCUAACUGGGGUGACCUUGCACACCAGAAAGGUUGGCAUAUCUGUAUAAGCUAA